AGAUUUCGCGGUGGUCAUAAAUUUAAGAAAUCGGAUAUCAUCACUCUUGAACCAGAACCUUCUAAUAUACAUGACAUAAAUGCAAUAAAAGUUAUUGUAGAUGGUAUCUAUAAAGCCUAUGUGGCAAAGAAUGAAAAUGAAAGAAUUGGAGAUUUAAUGAAACGAUAUCCAACUUAUCAGGAGAUGCCAUGA